AUGCAUAUUAAUCCUGCCUUUACAAUUUCUACAGUCCCAACUGUGGCUGGAGCUGUUCUUGCUACGUGCACCUACUGGAAGAUACCUCAAAUCAUUUAUCGUCUAUUGAAGAAAUGGAGGCGGAAUUCGUGGAAGAUAAGUAUUCGCGUCAGGAAAAAACGACAGCUCAUGCUUUCAUCUCUGAAACAAGCUUUUCAAAUUCAUCAAAAUUACAUGACCCCUCCCGAAACGAUACCUCAGAAUGAGGUCGAGGCAGACAGUAUGUCUCAGAGUUUGAAGGAAGUGAUGGACUUGUGCGUGGUUAACCAUGGUGUCAGUUUCUUGGCUGCUUUGCCAUUGUGCAAACAGAUGUCAGCCGUAAAAAUUGCGGAAGGCACAUAUGCUGAAAUAUACAAAUUAACUCAUGUUGAUGGUUCACACAGAAUAUUCAAAUGCAUGCCAGUAAAUGGGCAGCAUCCGGAUAGCGGCAACAUCAAUCUUCCUAUUGAAAUGGCUAUACCAGACAUCAUUUGUUCAUCUUUUCUCAGUGAACUGAAUGAAGGGCCAGUGUAUUUAGCGCCCAAUUUUCCUAAAGUUUACAAAAUAAGUUUAAUCAAGGAUGAAUUUCCUGCAGCAAUGAUGCGCUGUUGGUGGGACUACAAGAACAGUCCCAAAAGGCUGGAAGACCCUGCUGAACACUUUCAACCCAACUUGUAUCCAGAAGAUCAGCUCUAUUUAGCCACAGAGUUGGAUUACUGUGGAGAGCCUGCUACUCUUAAGAAUAUGCGAAAUGCUUGGUCGGGCCUGAGUAUAAUCACUCAGGUGGCAUCUGCUUUGGCAAUCGCGGAAGUAGCUUUCAACUUCGAGCACAGAGAUCUUCAUUUGGGCAAUCUCUUACUGAACGAAACGAAUUGUCCUGAAAUGCGGUACGUCCUGGAAAGUUUCAAUUUUUCGGUACAAACUGUUGGCCAGCAAGUUUUUGUAAUCGACUUUACACUGUCAAGGAUAAACGUGGGAGGAGUGCACUAUAUGUCUCUCGACCAUUGCGUCUGCGAUAAUGACGAAGAAACGGAGUGCGACAAUUUAUGGCUCGAUCACAGAACUGUUUAUAAGGUAAUGGCAGAGUACAGUAGCGGACAGUGGAGUAACUAUAUGCCUGUGACGAACGUUUUAUGGUUAAAAUAUAUCUUAGAACAUGUUCUUCAUAGUCUUUUCCGAAAUAAUCCCUCAUUUCGACAGAUAGCUACCAAUCGCAGUGAUGAAAACCAGAUGAGAGCAGUUCGAUUGCUUAGGGGGUGGAAUGACACUAUCCUUGAGUUCAACUCUGCCAGAAGUUUAUUGUUUAACUUGAUUCUGAAAAAUAAUCCGUUAGUGACCAUAAUGCAGUCUUGA